GAGAGAGAGAGAGAGACAGGGUCACGGCCCAUCCUCUCUGUCGGACUUUGCUCCUGCUCUCGACCGGAGUUGUUUUCAAACAUCCGGCCGGUGCGUGCUGUGCCCCACCAGCACCGCCGCCGUCAGCUUUCGCCCUGGCAUGUCCUCCUCCUCUGCAAUACGCCCGGAGAUAAUGCACACAGCUGGGAAUUCUUGCUCCUAUGACGAACAAUGCGCUCUCCUUCGGCUGAACAGUGCUUCUCUCUCUCUCGGAUGAAGCUGAACAGCGAUGCCGUGCACCGGCAACAUCACACGUAUCCUCUGUUGAAGAGAGCUGAAGAGAGGGAUUGGAAAAACUACAAAGGCGAUCCUCCUGCUGCAUCUUUCCCUUGGCCAUGCAUUCCAUCAGCAACACCAUCACCAGGCGUCUCGCACUCUUCAGCGCUCGUCAAUCAUCUACCACCACCACCACCAGCAGAUCGAUCCUCCCUCUGAUCGCUCCUCCCACCACAUCUCUUUUCUCAUCGCCGUCAAGAACCAUCCGCUCCAGAUCAUACGCCAUGGCUUCCAACUCUGCCGCCUGGCUCACCGCCGCCAAGUCUCCUGCCUUCGAGGUCAAGGAGGCCCCCCUCUGGACCGCCGAAGCCGGCGAGAUCCUCGUCGAGAACAAGGCCGUCGCCAUCAACCCGGUCGACGGCUCCCUCCAGGCCUUCGCCUGGUGGCCGAUGAACUACCCGACCGUCCUGGGCCAGGACGUCGCCGGCGUCGUCGUCUCCGUCGGCAGCGGCGUGACCCGGUUCAAGAAGGGCGACCGCGUCGUGGGCCACGCCCUCGGCAUGGCGACCAAGCGCGACCAGGACAACGCCUUCCAGAACUACACCAUCCUCACCCAACACAUGACCAGCGCGAUCCCGGACGGCAUCUCCUACGAAUCCGCCGCCGUCAUCCCGCUCGGCUGCUCGACCGCCGCCUGCGGCCUCUUCCAGGACGCGCCCUUCCUCGGCCUCGACUACCCGACCUCGCCGCGCCGCCCGGCCAACGGCAAGACCAUCCUCGUCUGGGGCGGCUCCUCCAGCGUCGGCAGCAACGCCAUCCAGCUCGCCCUGGCCGCCGGCUACGACGUGCUCGCGACGGCCUCGCCCAAGAACUUCGCCUACGUCAAGAGCCUGGGCGCCUACGCCGUGGUCGACUACUCCUCACCCUCGGUCGAAGCGGACCUGAUCUCGGCCCUCGGCGGCAAGACCCUCGCGGGCGUGCUCGACGCCAUCGGCGGCGACGCCACCAUCGUCAGCAGCAAGGUCCUCGCCGCGACCGCCGGCGCCGGCCGCAUCGCGACGACCAAGGGCGCCGCCGACUACACCCCGCCCGCGGGCGUGGAGAUCAAGCGCAUCUUCGGCACCACGCUGGCCAACAACGCCGUCGGCGCGGCCAUCUACGAGAGCUUCCUGCCCGCGGCGCUCGCGGCGGGCACCUUCGUCCCCUCGCCGCAGCCGGAGGUCACGGGCAGCGGCCUGGGCGCGGUGCAGGGCGCGGUCGACGCGAUCAUGAAGGGCGUCUCGGCGAAGAAGCUGGUCGUCACUCUGUAAUUGUUCCAGAGAGAACGGGAGGGAAGGAGAGAGGUGGGCUGCUACGGUUUGCUGUAUGAACCCUGCUGGAGUCGGCGCGGAUAUUCCACAGACAGAUUGGGUUAUCUCUUUGAGCGGGACGACGGACGGAAGGAAUUAGAAACACACAUGCACACCUCCCUAUUUGCAGGGUUUUUGAAGAUGCGAACUCAUAGAAAAUCAAAGCGGAUUGUUUUUAUUUAUUUUUUGCUUUCUUUGUACUUGAGAGAAGAAAUUGGAAAAUCUUUACAG